AUGAAGAACCCUUCCCCCCCCCCCCCCCGAUUCCUUCUUUCGUUCAUUCCUUACUCGAAAAGACGAAGACCGGAGAAUCCCGUUCCCUGUCCUUCCCCUCUUGUGUUUCAAGACGAUCGGACCAGAAGAAGAAUGGAGCAGCCGUGCGCUGCCGACCUCCCUCCUAUCGCGAUUCCGCGCAAGGAUUACGUGCCAACAGUUUUUGACAAUUUUAGUGCAAAUGUUGUGGUGGAUGGGAGCACUGUAAAUCUUGGAUUGUGGGAUACUGCAGGUCAAGAAGAUUACAACAGAUUGAGACCUUUGAGUUAUCGUGGAGCUGAUGUCUUCAUACUUGCAUUUUCCCUAAUUAGCAAGGCCAGCUAUGAGAAAGUCUCUAAAAAGUGGAUUCCUGAAUUGAGGCACUAUGCACCAGGUGUUCCAAUCAUCCUUGUUGGAACAAAGCUUGGUUAG